UGUUUGCUUCGGAUUCUGAACUUGAUUUUGAAAUGGCUGAUAAUAGAACCUUAAGGCAAUUAGCUGCUCCUGAUGUGAAUUAUAAUGGCUUGUGUAUUGAAUAUGAUGCUGCUGCUGUUCCUUUUGAAUUAAAAUCAGGUUUAAUACACUUGUUGCCCAAGUUUAGUGGUCUUGCAGGUGAGGAUCCGCACAAACAUCUGAAAGAAUUCCAAGUGGUGUGUUCUACACCACUUAAGCCUGAAGGGAUCACUGAAGAUCACAUCAAACUUCGAGCUUUUCCUUUUUCAUUGCAGGGUGCAGCGAAGGAUUGGAUAUAUUAUCUCGAGCCAAACUCAAUUGCAAGCUGGACUGCCCUGAAAAAAGUGUUCUUGGAAAGAUAUUUUCCUGCUUCCAGAGCUGCCUCAAUAAGAAAGGAGAUUUGUGGCGUUAGACAAGGUAAUGAGUCGCUGACCGAGUAUUGGGAGAGGUUCAAACACUUGGUAUCCAGCUGCCCUCAACACCAGAUUACCGAGCAACUCCUCAUCCAAUACUUUUAUGAGGGGUUGUUACCAAUGGACAGGAACAUUCUUGAUGCUGCUAGUGGUGGAGCGCUAGUCGAUAAAACUCCAGCCGCUGCCAAAGCCCUCAUUGAAAACAUGUCUCUUAAUUCUCAACAGUUUACCACUAGAGACAAUUCUGUUCAAAGCGUGAAUCAAAUGCAGGUUUCUUCCAACAAAGCUCUAGAGACCAGACUUGACGAUCUCACCACCUUAGUCAAGCAGUUGGCAUUAGUAAAACCUCAAACAACAACUUUGUGCGGUAUUUGUACCUCUCCUGAGCACCCGACCGACACCUGUCCCAUUCUGAGAGACGAGUCCAUUACUGAGCUGCCACAAGCUUAUGCAGCCAACCUUUACAACCAAAACAGGUACAACAACACUCCUGACCUAUCCACCAACAAAUAUCAUCCCAGUUGGAGGAACCAUCCCAACCUUCGAUAUGGAAACCCACAAACCAGCCAACAACAGAAUCCACCUCAAGCUGUUGCCUCUACACCUUCCGGACCAUCCUUAGAGGAUCUUGUUAAACAAAUGUCCGUGAACAACCUCCAGUUCCAACAAAGGACCGAUGCUAGCAUUCAGACCUUGACAACACAGAUGGGACAAAUGGCCAAUGCAAUAGGCCAAUUACAAGCUCAAGGCUCCGGUAACCUUCCUGCACAAUCAGUUCCGAACCCAAAUGGGAAUGUGAGUGCAAUUACCUUGCGAUCCGGAAGAGUGACCGAACCAGCUCCAGCUCCAGAGAAAAGAAAAAAAACCAUUGCAACAUCAUCUGUUCCUGAACCUGCUGAACCUUCUGCGACCGCUGAGACUGCUGAGACUGAAAAAGCAUAUGUGCCACCAAUCCCUUUUCCUCAAAGGGUGCAGAAAAAUAAAAAGAAUAAGGCGGAAGAAGACAAGGAGAUUCUUGAUGUAUUCAGCAAAGUAGCAGUCAAUAUUCCUCUCCUCGAUGUGAUCAAGCAGAUUCCGAAAUAUGCAAAAUUCUUGAAGGAUUUGUGCACAAACAAGAGGAAAGUAAAGGGAAAUGAGAGAGUUAAUCUGGGCCGAAAUGUUUCAGCCCUUAUUGAGUCUAAUGCUGCACUCGAACCUGAGCCUGAAAAAGCUAAUGUCUCGGCCCUCAAUCAGGCCAUGCCACAGAAAUGCAAGGAUCCAGGAACUUUCUCUAUUCCGUGUACCAUUGGGGAUAGAAAAUUCGAAAAUUGCAUGUUAGAUUUAGGAGCUUCUAUUAAUGUCAUGCCUACUUCUAUUUUUAACAAUCUUGAUCUUGGUCCUUUGCAGCAUACAGGUCUUACUAUUCAGCUAGCAAACAGGAGCAAUGCUCGCCCUGUUGGAGUGGUGGAAGAUGUGCUAGUUCAAGUUAAUGACUUGAUUUUCCCUGCAGAUUUUUACAUCCUUGACAUGGCUGGAGAAACAGAGUCAAGCAGAUCGCCGAUCAUCUUGGGCAGACCAUUCAUGAAGACGGCAAAGACAAAAAUCGACGUUGAUGAUGGGACCAUGUCCAUGGAAUUUGGUGACAUCGUUGCAAAGUUUAAUAUUUUCGAUGCUAUGAAAUACCCUUUAGAAGAGCACUCUGUUUUUCAAUUAGAACUGCUUUCUGAAAUUGUUGAUGAAUUUCAUUCUGAUUUGUGUUCAGCUGAUGAUUACUCAUGUGAUGUUUGUACCGAUACUAACCUCUGUGUUGGUUGUGCUGAGUUUAAUUUGCAGGGCGAAGGAGAAGUUGUCAAUGAGGCUGCCAAUGAAGUUGUUUACGCAGUUGAAACUCUUGACAUUCCGACUGUUCCAACAAAACCAUCCAUAGAACAACCACCAUCCUUGGAGCUUAAACCACUUCCUGAGAACCUGAAAUAUGCUUACUUGGAGAGUAAUGAAAAACUCCCUGUUAUUAUCUCUUCUAACCUUGAUUUCGAUCAAGAACACAAACUUUUGCAGGUCCUGAAGAAGCACAAGAAAGCAAUCGGGUGGACAUUAGCCGACCUUCCAGGUAUUAGUCCAUCGAUGUGCAUGCACAGGAUUCUACUUGAGGAUGGAUCCAAAACAGUAAGGCAGCCCCAAAGGAGGCUUAAUCCUUUGAUUCUUGAUGUUGUGAAGAAGGAGGUAACCAAACUCUUGCAAGCAGGUAUAAUUUAUCCUAUCUCUGACAGUAAGUGGGUAAGCCCAGUGCAGGUUGUACCUAAGAAAUCUGGACUUACAGUGGUGAAAAAUGAAAAAAAUGAACUUGUUCCCACUAGAGUUCAGAACAGCUGGAGAGUUUGUAUUGAUUACAGGAGAUUGAACCAGGCUACGAGAAAGGAUCACUUCCCUUUACCGUUCAUUGACCAAAUGCUUGAACGGCUAGCUGGUAAAUCACAUUAUUGUUUUCUUGAUGGUUUUUCAGGUUAUUUUCAAAUUCAUAUUGCACCGGAAGAUCAAGAGAAGACCACUUUUACCUGUCCCUUCGGUACUUUUGCUUACAGGAGGAUGCCCUUUGGUCUUUGCAAUGCUCCUGGCACUUUCCAGCGAUGCAUGAUUAGCAUUUUUUCUGAUUUCAUUGAAAACUGCAUGGAAGUCUUUAUGGACGAUUUCACUGUCUAUGGUUCCUCUUUUGAUGCAUGCUUGAACAGUUUAGAAAAAGGAAUUUCUGUUGACCCUGCUAAGAUUGAUGUGAUUUCUACACUGCCUUACCCGUCUUGCGUUCGCGAGAUUCGUUCUUUUCUUGGUCAUGCAGGUUUUUACAGGCGUUUCAUCAAGGAUUUCAGCAAGAUAGCUCUUCCGCUGUCAAACUUGUUGAAGAAUGAUGUUACUUUCAGCUUCGAUGACAAGUGCAAACAAGCGUUUGACUUCUUGAAGAAAGCAUUGACCUCCGCUCCCAUAAUCCAGCCCCCUGACUGGACCCUCCCUUUUGAGCUUAUGUGUGAUGCUUCUAAUUAUGCUGUUGGAGCUGUCCUUGCACAAAGAAUUGACAAGGCUGCCCAUGUUAUUUACUAUGCUUCUAGGACUUUAGAUUCUGCACAGUCAAAUUACACUACCACUGAAAAAGAACUGCUAGCUAUUGUUUUUGCUCUUGAUAAAUUCAGAUCUUAUUUGCUAGGUUCCAAGGUUGUUGUUUUUACUGACCAUGCAGCUUUGAAAUACUUGCUGAAGAAGCCGGAUGCAAAACCGAGAUUGAUCCGAUGGAUGUUGUUGCUCCAAGAGUUUAAUGUAGAGAUUAAAGACAAGAGUGGAGCUGAGAACUUAGUGGCUGACCACUUGAGCAGGAUAGAGAGAGAUGAAGAUCCUUUUCCUAUUCAGGAUGAUUUUCCUGAUGAGCAGUUGUUUCUUUUACAUGGUAUUACACCUUGGUUUGCUGACAUUGUUAAUUUUCUUGUUGCUGGUGUUUUUCCUACAGGUGCAUCGAGAUCACAGGUUCAUAAACUCAAGAGUGAUGCCAAAUAUUAUGUUUGGGAUGAUCCAUAUCUAUGGAAGUUUGGUAGUGAUCAGGUAAUCAGAAGAUGUGUCCCCGACAAUGAGAUUGAAUCUAUUUUGAAAUUUUCUCAUGCAUCUCAAGUCGGCGGACACUUUGGUCCGCAAAGAACUGCGAGAAAAGUACUUGAUUCAGGUUUCUAUUGGCCAACUAUUUUUAAGGAUGCUUAUGAGACUUACCGCACUUGUAAAGAGUGCCAAAUAGCAGGCACAAACAUCACUCGCAAGAGUGAAAUGCCUCAGCAGCCUAUGCUUUUCUGUGAGGUUUUUGAUGUAUGGGGAAUCGACUUCAUGGGUCCCUUUCCCGUAUCAUUUGGUUUUCUUUAUAUUUUGCUUGCUGUUGAUUAUGUUUCAAAGUGGGUGGAAGCUAUCCCCACUAGGACUAAUGAUUCUAGAGUUGUUGCAGAUUUUGUCAGGUCUAAUAUCUUUUGUAGGUUUGGAAUACCGCGAGCUAUCAUCAGUGACCAAGGCACUCAUUUCUGCAACCGCACCAUGGAAGCUUUGCUCCGAAAGUAUGGAGUUGUGCACAGAGUCUCUACUGCAUAUCACCCACAGACGAAUGGGCAAGCUGAGGUCUCAAACAGGGAGAUCAAACAGGUUUUAGAGAAAAUGGUGCAGCCAAACAGGAAGGACUGGAGUCGUCGUCUAGAAGACGCACUUUGGGCUCAAAGAACAGCUUUCAAGACACCCAUUGGGAUGUCUCCUUAUCGACUUGUUUUUGGUAAGGCAUGCCAUCUACCUGUUGAGGUAGAACACCGUGCUUAUUGGGCGGUGAAAAGUUGUAAUUUUGAGUUGCAACAAGCAGGUAUUGAAAGAAAACUCCAAUUACAACAGCUGGAAGAGCUUAGAUUAGAGGCUUAUGAAAGCUCUAGGAUUUAUAAAGAGAAAACUAAGCACUUCCAUGAUAAAAUGAUUUCUAGGAAGGAAUUUUCUGUGGGCCAACAGGUUUUAUUGUUUAACUCCCGCCUAAAAGUAAUGGCUGGGAAACUUCGAUCCCGGUGGAUUGGCCCUUUUGUUGUUACUAAUGUUUUCCCUCAUGGUGCAGUAGAAAUAAAAAGUGCAGGUACUAACAAGGUGUUUAAAGUAAACGGACAGCGACUGAAGCUGUUCCAUGAAAGCUCAGUGCCUGAAGAAGAGGGACAUGUUGAAGAGCUCUCCUUGGAGAAGCCUUCCUACACCCCAAAUGCUACACCUUAG